AUGUCAAGGUAGGUUUAUGUAAGCCCAGAAAGAAUGACAAUUCAAAAAUUGGAAGAGUACCCCUCUGCUUUGUAAGACUUGAAUUUUAAUCAUUGUAUGAUAAUUAUUUCAUUUAUGAUUAGCAAGGUUCUAAGAGAUAGAGGGAGAGUUCAAAGCUUUGGAUGUCGAUCAAAGUGGUUGGUUAUCAUUGACAGAAUUGGAAUUGCAUUUGAAAAGGAAAGGAUGUGAUUAACAAUUAGUAUAGGAGAUCUUUAAUGAUUUAAAUACCAAUUAGGAUCAAAAAAUAUCAAAAGAUGAGUUCACUCAUGGUUAUCUGAAUAAAGAGUAAAAUCUUAUAGAUUAAGUUAAAUCCUUCGAAAUCAAAAUUAAACAAAUCAGAACAAGCGAAGAAGAAUUUAAACAAUAGAUAAAUGUAGCAAAUCAUCAAUAAUUCAUAAUAACACUAUAAUCAGGUUGUCUAAACUAAUUUUAUAGAUAGUAAGAUGAUAUUAUAAAAGCGUCAAAAUAAAUUGAAGUUCUCUUUUAAUGUAAUAAAGCUUCUGAUGGGCAUGAUAGAUUUAGUAAGCCAAGCUUAAAUUGUGAAUAUCCGGUUUGGGGUGAUAAAAUUACUUAUAUUCUUCAUUAAAUACACUAAAUAGAAAUUUCAGUUGAAUUAAUUGAAAUACACUAACUUCAAAAAUAGUCUCUUGGUAAAUUAAGAGUCCAAAAAGACCUUCAAUAAGACUUUCAAAUUCAAGAGUAACUAAUUUUCGAAGGCAUAGGUGAAAUCUUGGUUCUUUUUGAAUAUAUAAAUAAUUGGGUAAAUUCAUUUCUUAUAUCUUUAUAGAAUGAGUACAUAAAAAUGCAAAUGCAAUAUUGUGAAUAAAAUGUCAAUAAUCUUCUAGAUUAAAUCAGAUAGAUUAAGCGCAAAUUGUACUUUAUGAAAUAAUUAUAUAAUUUUGAUAACAGCAACUUGAAGCAAAAGGAAACUCUAUCACUCUCUCUAUUACCAGCUUACAAAUUGGAUAACUAAACAAAUAAAUCGUUUCAACAAUAAGAAAAUAAAGCUUAAUAUGAUACUCAACCAAUUUUCAAUUAGUAAUAGCAGUCAUAACCAGAAUCAAUAAGGAUUCAAUAAAUUGCUAUCCUAGAUUAGUAAGAUUAUAAAUAAUAAAAUGAUUUGCCUGAUGCUUUUAACAUAUUUAAACAUUCCUUAAGUGAACCUGAUGCAUUCAUUAUUGAUAUGGACCAGAUUAAGAAUCAAUAGAAUUACAAACUAAUGGGUAUAUUAGUUCUACUUAUAACAAUCAAUAUUGCUUUUUCAAGAUGUGAUUUUCUAGGCUUACUGCUAGUUCUGUUAAGUAUUCCUUAUUAAAAUAAGAAAUGGAAUAAUUAGUAACUUUAAUUCUAUUCUUAUGGAAUGAUCUUUUCUUUGAUAUUAGACUUUUACUGGUAUUUAUAUAGUAUAACAAAAGGAUCCUAAAAUUUGCUAAUUGUUUUUCUAAUCUAUAUUAAUGCAAUAAUUAAUAUGGAUUUGCAUUAUCAAUCUACUUUUUAUGCCUACUAACUUGUUUUGGGAAAAUUUAUGUACUCUAUAAAGUCCGUGGAUAUCAUUGA